CAUUCAAAAACCCUCGGUUGUUGGUCUGCUGCUAGAAUGGGGGUUUUAGGAUUCACACGUAAGAGAUAUAUUAGCAAUAAAAUUACUCAUAUAAGAAACGGAAUUCAUAGAAAUUAUAGAUACAGUGAUUAUUAUAUACAAAAUAAAUAUAGAUAUAUAUCAUCAUCAAAUUGUACAAAAUAUGAUUCGAUUUUGCCGGUUUUGAUCGUUGGCGCAGGUCCAGUUGGCCUUGUUCUUUCCCUUCUUCUCACCAAAUUAGGUGUCAAAUGUGCAGUUUUGGAGAGAAGCACCACCUUCUCCAAACAUCCACAAGCACAUUUCAUCAACAAUAGGUCUAUGGAGGUGUUCUGUAAAUUAGAUGGCUUAGCAGAGGAGAUUCAACAGUUUCAACCACCUGUAGAACUAUGGAGGAAGUUCAUAUACUGCACAUCACUGAGUGGCUCUAUUAUAGGAUCAGUAGACCAUAUGCAAACUCAAGAUUUUGACCAGAUUGUGAGCCCGGUUUCUGUGGCUCAUUUUUCACAAUACAAACUAAACGCAUUGCUACUUAAGCAACUUGAAACCAUUGGAUUCACCGUUCAUAGUCACGAGGGGCUGGAUCAUAGACCCCUGGGGGAAAAGGAGAUACUCAUGGGACACAAUUGUAUAUCAGUUGAACAAAAUGACAAUUUUAUCAAUGUUACCACGUCUUUUGUGAAGGAAGGGAAACACAUAAAGAAACAGAUUCCUUGUAGUUUCUUAAUUGGUGCAGAUGGUGCGGGUAGUACAGUAAGAAAUUUGGUCGGGAUAGAACUGAGGGGUGAAAAGGACAUUCAGAAGCUUGUUAGUGUCCAUUUUCUUAGCCAAGAGCUUGGGCAGUACCUGAUGCAUGAGAAACCUGGCAUGUUAUUUUUUAUUUUCAAUCCUGGGGCCAUCGGGGUUCUUGUUGCUCAUGAUUUGAACCAAGGAGAAUUUGUAUUGCAGAUGCCCUUCUAUCCACCACAACACAAGUUUGAGGAUUUCACAUCUGAGACAUGUAAGAGGUUAAUCUUCAAAUUGGUUGGGCGAGAACUGGCUGACAUUAAUGUGCUAGAUGUAAAGCCAUGGGUGAUGCAUGCUGAAGUUGCAGAGAAGUUUCUUGCUUGUGAUAACCGAGUAAUUCUUGCCGGUGAUGCUGCUCAUCGGUUUCCACCAGCUGGUGGUUUCGGGAUGAAUACUGGAAUUCAAGAUGCUCAUAACCUUGCAUGGAAACUGGCUACUGUUGUCAAGGGUAUUGCCUCAGUGUCUUUUCUUUCCACUUAUGAGAUGGAGCGUAGACCGAUUGCCCUCUUCAAUACUGAUCUCAGCAUUCAAAAUUUUCAAGCAGCAAUGGCAGUUCCUGCUGCACUAGGUCUUGAUCCAACCAUUGCGAAUUCAGUGCAUCAAGCCAUAAAUAAUACAGUUGGCACAUUCUUACCAUCAACACUACAGAAGGGUCUGCUAGAUGGAAUUUUCAGUUUGGGCCGUGUACAGCUCUCAGAUUUUGUUUUGAAUGAGAACAAUCCUCUUGGAUCUUCUAGACUGGCUAAAGUACGUCGCAUUUUUGAAGAAGGAAAGAGCCUUCAACUACAGUUUCCUGCAGAGGAUUUAGGUUUCAGAUACCGUGAAGGUGCACUGAUACCUGAAACUGAUAGUGAGGGUGAACCAAUUAAACCUGAACCACCAACUGGUCGUAGGCGGGAGUAUAUUCCUUCAGCAGAUCCAGGCUCAAGAUUGCCUCAUAUGAAUAUCAGGGUGCUAUCAGAACUCACCAAAGAGGUGACAAUUUCCACAUUGGAUCUUAUAUCUGAAGACAAACUCGAGUUCCUCCUCAUAAUUGCACCAAUAGAUUCAUCCUAUCGCCUAGCUCAUGCUGCAUUGACCGUCGCUGAUGAAUAUAACAUUUUGGUUAAGGUAUGUGUCAUGUGGCCAAAUGGUUUAGUGAAUGGGGAUGCAAGAACCAAGACAUCAUUGGUACCAUGGGAGAACUAUGUAGAUGUUGUCGAGGUUAGACAACCAUCAAAUUCAUCCUCAUGGUGGGAUUUAUGUAAAAUGACAUAUAGGGGGGCCAUUUUGGUCAGGCCAGAUGAUCAUAUUGCUUGGCGUGUGAAAUCAACGGUAGUUGGUGACAGUAGGGUAGAAAUGAAAAGGGUUUUCUCGGCCAUUCUAGGAUCAUAGUAUAGUUCCUUUUCGCAUGUAGUGCCAUAGAUAUCUAGCAAUGGAAACUUGUUAAUGUAUUUUUCAAAACCAUUAAGGGGUGAAAAAUUGGAUGCAUAGCUUAUGAAGGAGAUGGAAGAGAAAGCAAGACAUAGAUGCUCCAGAAACUUACUGCUGCCUUUAUUGUAUCUAUAUUUGUUUAAAGUAAAUAUUGCACCAUGUAUCUAUACACUAAUUCAAUUGAAUGUUGGAAUAUAUAGUUGAAUAGGGCAGAUACUGAUAUAGUAAUACUAUUCUCUGUCCAUUUAACAUUAUGAAUCAUUUAUAACAUCUUUUCAGUUUUAACA